AUUUUCUUAGUCAUUUCGGCUUACUUAUUGACAUGAAAAAUAAACGCCUUAUUGACAAUGUUACUGGUUUGUCACAUUUUGGAAGAAUUUCGGCGGUCAAUCAUUUCACGAUUUGUACUACUUUGCCGAAUUCCACUUACCAGAAACUUUUAGCUGAAUUUCCAAGUUUAACGAAUUUCGCACCGAUUUCUACUAUCAAAAAUCACGGUGUUGAACAUCAUAUUUUAAUAGAAGGUCAACCUAUUUACUCUACUCCACGAAGAUUAUCUCCUGAGAAAUUAAAAUUCGCAAAAGCCGAAUUUAUUUCUAUGAUCGAAAAUGUUAUCUGUCGACUUUCUAGCAGCACCAGGGCAACUCCAUUUUAUAUGGUUCCUAAACCGAAUAAUACAUGGAGAUUAUGCGGAGAUUAUCGUGCUUUGAAUGCAGUUACUAUUCCGGAUAGAUACCCAUUGCCACAUAUUCAAGAUUUUACGUCAGGACUUCACGAUAUAGUGCAUAUUUCUGCAGGACGUAAUUCUGUAGUAGCUUUGUCGAGAAUAGAUUCUAUUUCCAUGCCCGUUAUAGUGUCUCUCGAAGAACUAGCAGAGGCUCAGCUGAAUGAUGAAGAAUUGAAAAUUUUACUGACAUCAAUCCAUCGCUUAGCUUAUCCAGAUGGUAAUCUACUUGCAAAUCUAUUCUUCAAAAAUUUAUUUGGCCUUCUCUUAAAAAAGAUGUUAAGGAAUGGUGUACAACAUGUUUACCUUGCCAACGAGCCAAAAUUCUAUGACAUACCAAGAAUUUACCUCUUAAGAUUGCAGUUCCUGAUCAACGUUUUCAGCAUGUACAUCUUGAUCUUAUUGGACCUUUACCUCCCUGCAGACAAUUUCGUUAUUGCUUAA